AUGGCCCUGGAACCCCAAGAUCCAAGGACUCUUGGCGGCCUCGGCGGCCUCGGCGGCCCGGGCAGCGCCGCCGCCAGGUGCCCCGCGUGGGCGGGUGCCUCUCCUCCGGGGCCGCGCGUCGGCGCGGCGGGGACGGCGGCGAGCAUGGGCGGCGAUGCUGCUGUCGUGAGCUACUGCGGGAGCUCCGCCAGCGUCGACUCGCUCUCGGACUACGUCUCGGUCAACUCAGACAGUCUCUCAGACACGCGAGGCUCUCAACCUGUGCAGUGGCAGCAGCCAGCGCAGGAGCCUGUGCGGCGCUUCCUCUGCAGCGACAGCGAGAGCCAGUGCAGCGACAGCUGGGCGGAGGGCUCCAGCGACAGCAGCCAGAACAGGAGCAUCGGGUGCGGGCUCGGCAGCGGCAGGCAGUACAGCCGGUUCGGGAGCAGCGGAAGCUCUGCCCGGAUGCCCGGCAGCGCCGCGCCCGAGGGCCACGCGGCUGGGCGUGCCGAGGAGCACGAGGGCGUCGGGCAGGAGGGCGCCGAGCGGCGGAAGGACAACGAGGCUGCGCACGCCGCGGGGACGUGCAAGCCGUGCCUCUACCACAACAUGAAGGCGGGCUGCGCGAACGGCCACGCCUGCAGCUUCUGCCACCUGCCGCACGCGACCCAGCGCAGGUCGCGGCCGAGCAAGGCCGAGAGGCUGCGCUGCCGGCAGCUGGUCGCGAGGCUGGACAGGACCGGCGAGGGCGACGCGGCCGCCGCGUGUGAGCUGGCCGACGAGGGCAGCCUGCGCACGAGCCCGUACAUGCUCAGCAUCCUGAGGGCCAUGGACCGGCAGCAGGGCCCGCGGCAGGCGGGGCCGUGCGUCCCGGCGCAGGCCGUCGCGGAGGAGGAGCCGAGGCAGCGCCCAGGCUGCGGCUAG